AUGGGCCGGGGGCGGGGGCGGUGGGCCCCGGGGAUCCGCGCGGCGGCGCUGAUCCUGCUCGCGGUCGCGGCUGCGGCCGGAGCCGCCGCGGGGGAUCCCGAUCCCGACGAGCUCGAGCGCGCGUUUCCAAUAGUGGAGCCAGACCAUGGACACACAAAACUUCGUCUCUCAGAACAAGGUCUAGAAGCAAUUCGAAGGAUUGAAACUCCUAUUGCUGUUGUUGGUGUCAUUGGUCCGUAUCGAUCUGGAAAAUCUUUUCUCCUCAACCAGCUUCUCUCCUUAUCUUGUGAUAAAGGUUUUGGAGUUGGUCAUAUGCGAGAUACUAAAACUAAAGGUAUUUGGAUUUGGGGUACUCCAGUUGAGAUGGUUGUUGAUGGUUCCAAAGUUUCUGUCCUUUAUCUAGACACUGAAGGGUUUGAAAGUGUUGGGAAAUCAAAUGUGUAUGAUGAUAGGAUAUUUGCUUUGGCGACUGUCUUAAGUUCGGUCCUUAUCUACAACCUUCCUGAGACGGUACGUGAAGCUGAUAUAUCUAGGCUUUCAUUUGCCGUUGAAAUUGCUGAAGAAUUCUAUGGAAGGUUUGGGCAAGAUGUUGCUUUUGAGCCAGCAAAGCUUCUCUGGCUUAUCCAGAGGGAUUUCCUCCAAGGAAAAUCUGUUCAACAAAUGGUCAAUGAAGCCCUCCAGCGGGUGCCUAAUGAUAAUGGUGACAAAUAUAUUGAUGAGGUCAAUCAAAUACGAGAUUCUUUGGCAGUUAUGGGCAACAACAGCACUGCUUUUAGCUUGCCCCAGCCACAUCUUCAAAGAACGAAAUUAUGUGAUAUGGAGGACAAAGAGCUUGAACCCUUAUAUGUAAAACAGCGGGAGCAAUUAAAGCAGCUUGUUUCAUCCAUUGUAAAACCAAAAAUCGUGCAGGGUAGAACUCUCAAUGGGAAGGACUUUGUGUAUUUCUUGCAGCAGAUUCUUGAGGCUUUGAAUAAAGGCGAAAUUCCAUCAACGGGAUCUCUGGUUGAAAUUUUUAACAAAGCCAUUCUUGAUCGCUGUCUGAAGGUGUACAGGGAGAAAAUGGAUGGCCUAGGCCUACCAGUACCAGUAGACGAGCUGCAGAAACUUCAUGAGAUGUCAAAUGGUGAAGCUAGAAUUCUCUUUGAUAAGCAGCACUUUGGCAAACAUCAUGCUGCUGAGUCGGCCCUCAAGCUUGAAGAUGAGAUUAAAAAGGUGUACAGAAACUUCCUUCUAGCUAAUGAAUAUCAAUCGUCAAAGCUGUGUGAAGCUCGCUUUUCUGAGUGUGAAGAUAAGAUGGAUCACCUUCAAGUCUUGAAACUUCCUUCAAUGGCGAAAUUCAAUGCAGGCUUUACUCACUGCAAUCAAAGUUUUGUAAAGGACUGCGUGGGACCUGCAAAAGAAAGCUAUGAACGUAGAAUGUCAAAGAUGCUUGCCAAGUCUCGUGCUCUUUUCAUCAAGGAGUACAAUAACAAGCUUUUCAAUUGGUUGGUGACCUUCUCUUUGGUCAUGGUGGUCAUCGGACGCUUUGUCAUCAAGUUCUUCUUGCUUGAAAUUGUCGCUUGGGUGAUGUUCAUCUUCCUAGAGACGUACACGAGAAUGUUCUGGUCAGCAGAAUCACUGUACUAUAAUCCAGCUUGGCACAUCAUUGUUUCUUCCUGGGAAAUCAUCGUGUACAGCCCUAUUCUUGAUCUGGACAGAUGGGCCAUCCCAAUUGUCAUAAUGCUAUCAUUUGGGGUUCUUUACUGGAGAUGCUUCGGUGGUAGAAGGAAGCGGGGAAGGGGUUCACUCCUCCCAUUGUACAAGAAUUCUUACAAGAACUCGAGUCGCCCGAGAUCAGACUAG